AUGGAGGGAUCGUCGGGUGUAGGAAUCGAUAAGGGGAAGGGUGCUAGAGUCCCUCAGAUAACGAAGCUCUUUGUUUCUAAUCUGCCAGAAGGAAGUACACCAUGGGAGUUAACUUGUUUCAUGCAAAGGUUCGGAGAUGUUUGGAAGAGUUAUGUGGCCAAGAAAAGAGACAAAGUUGGCAAUAGGUUUGGUUUUAUCUCCUUCAAGUAUGUUAUCGACUGGAAGGAGUUGGUAAAAAAGAUCAAUGGAGUCAAUAUGGGAGGUCGUAAGCUGAAAGUAAACGUUGCCAGAUUUGCGGUCGAGAACAAUGGUAUCGAUAGGGAGCCGGAGAGAAGAAUGAACAGUGAUGGGGAGUCGGAGAGGUUGAAAACGAAUGAGGGCCAAGGUGUUGGUUCCUUUCGUCAUGAUGGACCGGAGUCCUUUGGUUUGAGGGGGGUAGGUCGUAUAGGGAUGUGGUCGGACAUGGUGCGUCGGCGUCGGAGAUCAGAACGGAAGGUAGUUCGUCGAUGUAAACGAUGUAAACGAUGUUCCUUAGUCUUGUAA